GUGCGUGGGUGUAUACUCUGCCUCAGCAACAAUCGAGGUAACAAUGGAUACAAGCUCUUCUUCCUGUGGCUUUGCUCCUUUUAUAAACGUUUGCAAUAAAGAACUAAGCAAAAAAAAUUUCUAUGCUGUUUAUGAUAGAAUCAAACCACUUUCAGCUGGCUGGAAGCAGAUAGCCAUUUCCUGGCAUCUUGAACUAGAUACAAUUAACAGGAUAGAAGCUGAUUGUCGUGGAGAUACUAUUGCUUGUCUGCAGAAAGUCAUAGAGUUUUGGUUAAGGAAAGAUUAUGAUUAUGAAUCUCAUGGUAUUCCUUGCUGGAGGAGAGUGUGUGUAGCUGUUAAAGAAGGAGGAGGUGAUCCAGCAUUAGCUGAUGAAAUAGCUCGUGAACAUCCUCUACCAGCUACUGUGGGAGUCUCUACUGAUGUUAUUCAUAAUGAAGGAAUGUCACCUGGUUCAAUAGGAAAUAGAAGGGAUGCAAUAUCACCUGGAAAUGGAAAAUCAAAUAGUUCAACUGGUACUGACGGAUAUGGUUAUUCUGAAAAGAGUUUCCACUUAGCAAGCAAGCUACAUGAUUUACAAGAUGAAUUUGAUGAAGCAAUUCGAAUAACAAAGAAAGCAUUUAAGUCAAGUGAUUUGCCUAAAAUCAUUGAUUACCUUAAUACACAUGUUAAGUCAUUGCUUGGUCCUAAAAAAAUACAACAAACAACAGCUCAAACAGUUAGAGAAGAGUUCAAAUGCAUAGAAACAAUACCAAAACUAUUUACUUUACUACAAGACAAAUACAUAUCAUGGUUCAACUAUAAACUAAUGAUAAAACUUGUUGGAGUAUUUCGAUCAAAAAAUUGUUCAUUAAAACGAACUUGGUCAGCAUAUGAAGAGAAGUUAAAGGAUUAUUUUAUAAACAGUGGUGGACUAUUGAAAGAUGCUGAUGCUGUACAGUUUGGUGUAAAAGGUGUUCCUCCUGGUACACGAGUAAUGAUUGCUAAAGUUGACAGAGAUGACUACACACUGGAUGACAUAUUCUUCUUUCGUAGAGCAAUACCACAAAGUUUAGAUAUUCCCGAGUAUAAUCUUUACUUUUGUUUUGUUCACAUUGGUUCUCUUUGUUUGGGUUACCUCAUUCCUGAGUAUGUUUACUCUUUACUAUUUCCUCUAACUACAAAGAUACAGCAACAGUUAGCUAGCAUUGGUAUCACUGAACUAACAUUUGGUGAAGAUAUUUAUAAUUUAAAAGAGGUUUUAUUAUUACCAGAAUCAUUGUUUCCAUCUUCUGUUAUUGCUUGUAAAAGUGGAGUGUUGGCAUUAGUCCAUAAGCUUGAAUCAUUGAACCUCUUCUCACCGAAUUCCUUUGAUUUUUGGGGAUUCAGCAUAUUGCAUUACUCAUCUAUGAAUAAUAAUGAUAAGCUUUUAAAGUAUCUCUUAAAUCAAUAUCAAUUAUCCAUUGAUGUAAAGAAUCAAAAGGGAAGGACUCCACUUCAUAUUGCUUCAUGUAAUGCUUAUGGUCGUACACCAUUAAUCUACUCCUGCUGGUCAGGUAGUAUUAAUUCUGUUAAAUAUCUUAUCAAUAAUCAUGACAGUGAUCCUAAUGUCCCUGAUAAGUAUGGUAUGACAUGUAUUCAUUAUUCUUGUCGUAAUGGUCAUAUUGAUGUCACUCAAUAUCUCAUUGAGGGAAGAUUGAACUUGAUCCAGUACAUUUUAGAACACAUACCAUCAUCACUUGAACUACCUGUCAGAGAAUUAGAGGAAAUGGCCAUAAUGGAUCCAUUCCUUACUGCAGUGUACUUCAAUCAGUUAGAAGUUAUUAAAUACCUCACUAUUAGUAGCUAUCAGCUACUGAUGAUGAAGGAUCUGGAGCAGCUAGUUAACAUAUCAGUAGAGAGGGAGACCUUCCCCUGUACUCCUGAUGAUCCUGAUAAUAAUGGAUACACUUCAGUUCAUAAUGCACGUGAAGCUGGUAGUAUGGAGUUAGUACAAACUGAUCUCAAACGUAAUGCACUAGCUGAAAACCAUGCUUUAUUUUACUAG